AUGGAAACGGCAAUACCUUUAGGAAUGUUUCACAACAACGUGUCAAUUCUGGAUCUGGACAGUACUUCGAUAAACAAUGUCUAUAUUCACGAGGAUUUUGAUGCCUUCAGUGUUACCAUGGCUGUCCUCUACCUGGCAGUAUGCAUCGUGGGAUUGGGCGGGAACUCCCUGGUUAUCAUCACCAUUUUGAAGCUAGAUAAAAUGUCAUCUGCAACCACCGUCUACAUUUUCAACCUGGCUUUGGCGGAUGGCCUUUUCAUGGUAGGACUCCCGUUCAUUGCUAUCCAAAACUUCCAGGACCAAUGGAUCUUUGGAGACCUGGUCUGCAAACUGGUUAUGGUUCUGGAUGGCAUCAACCAAUUCACAAGUGUAUUCUGCCUAACCGUGAUGAGUGUCGACCGCUACAUGGCACUCGUCGACCCAUUGCGCUUUGCUCGCUGGCGGACACCUCAGAGGGCAAAGAUCAUUGCUGCCCUAAUGUGGUUUAUCUCACUAUUUCCUGUCUUGCCUAUGGGCAUACACUUUUCCUCCAACUACGGUUUAUGCACUAUAGACCCCUAUGUGGCCUCUGACACCUGGUGGUUAACCUUUCUUUGCUAUACCUUUGUACUCGGCUUUGCCUUACCCUUCACUGUAAUGAUUGUAUUUUACACUGCUUUGGUGGCAACUCUGAGAAAUUCCAGGCAGCAGGAGGGCCCUUCAUCCUCUCUGGAAAGCCACCGUUUUGAGAAACAGGUCACCAAGAUGGUCGUGGCGGUUGUUCUGGUGUUUGGCUUUUGCUGGCUGCCAUUCUACGUCUUCAACUUCUGCUCUUUGCACCGAACGGUGCAGGUACUCAACUUUGCCCGUGGCUUUGAGUUUGUGGUGCUGCUGUCCUACUCAUGGAGUUGCGCCAAUCCCAUACUGUACGCUUGUCUGUCUGAAACAUUUCGAAGGCAUUUCCACACCCUCCUCUGCCCCGUCAAGAGCUCACCCACACACUGUGACAGAGACACUGAAGGGUACGUCUUGUGCGAUACUAACGUACAAGAUGUGAGUGUUUUACCUUAAAAUGUUUCUCACUGAGAACAUCUGAGAAAAUGUUUUAAAUAUUUUUAGGGCUUGUGAAGCAACACAUACCCACCUUAUUGUAAACAGACAAUCCCU